UCACCGUGACGUAUAAUGGCAGCGCCAGCAGUGCCGUUCAUGGAAGGGGGGACAUGUAUCACAACAGCACCCAGAGAAAGCACUGGACCUUCCCUAGCGCGGUUGACCUGCAGCGGCUCCGCGGUCAAGCCAAUAGCCGGGCCCGGGUACGAGGGACAUCCCAGGCACACUUGAGGGACAUAUUUACUGUGGAGCCUCAUGAAGAGCUCAUCAUAUGCAAAUACUAUGAGAAGAAGCUGGUGGAUUUCUGCAAUGCUUUCAAACCCACAAUGCCUAAAUCUGUCUUGGGGACAGCUUGUAUGUACUUCAAACGGUUUUACCUGAAUAAUUCAGUCAUGGAACAUCGCCCACGUAUAAUAAUGCUGACGUGUGCAUUCCUAGCGUGUAAAGUAGAUGAGUUUAAUGUAUCCAGUGUCCAGUUUGUUGGUAACCUUCCAGAAAGCCCUGCAGCUCAGGAGAAGAUCCUAGAACAGAUUCUGGAACAUGAACUGCUGCUCAUCCAACAGCUGAACUUUCACCUUAUCAUACACAACCCUUACCGACCUUUUGAAGGAUACUUAAUCGAUUUAAAGACACGAUAUCCUUUGCUAGAUAAUCCUGAGAUGUUGAGGAAAACGGCUGAUGACUUCUUGACUCGAGUUGCUCUGACUGAUGCUUUCUUGCUGUUUACACCCUCUAUAAUAGCUCUGACUGCUAUCUUAUCUAGUGCUUCAAGAGCAAGCCUUAAUAUGGAGAGUUAUUUAUUGGAGUGUCUCUCUCUAAAAGACAGCCUGGAAACCAUGGCUCACCUACUGGAUGGAAUGAAACGUCUAAAGAUACUUGUGUCAAAGUAUGAGUUUGCUAGAUCUGAAGAUGUCGCAUCAAUAGAGAAGAAAUUGGAGAAAUGCCACAGUGGUGAAGUUAUGGCUAAUUCGAAAAAGAGAAAAGGAUAUGAAGAUGAUGAUUAUAUCUCCAAAAAGCCCAAAACUGAAGAGGAGGACUGGAGCGACGAUGAUUUGGUGGAUUCUUUAUAGUUAACGGACUAUGUGCCACAGUUUAUGUACAUAACAAUGUGUAUAUUUUUGUUCCAGGUAUUUAAACUUCCAGUUGAUUCAGUAUUUGUGUAAAAGGAAUUCUAUUG